AUGACUCUGAUCAGUUCGGUGGGGGUGCGCGUGUCCUUCCCAGAAUUUUCAUCGAGGUUUGCCAAGGACGCGGAUGUUGUGCUCAAAGAUUUUGGCGAGAUGUUUGAGUCUGACUGCCUAUUUGGUGCUCGUUGGUUCGAGGCUGCUGAGUCAAAUAUCGACCAGGGCGCUUCAAGACAUCUCGCCUUCUCUUUCCUGAUUAAGAUCAACAAUGAGCAAUAUAUCAUGGACUUGGUCGCCUCACUUUGGCGUUCAUCAUAUCUCGCAAGAUAUGCGCAUGAGAAACUGGAAGUUGCAGGAGCUGAAGUUGGAUCGUCAGCGCAGCAUGCUAUUGCAGGGGAAUCCAUAAUAGCUGACCCACAUGUCAACACUCUAUUGAUUCUGCAAUGGAAUGCCAAGACCACUCGAAGAUCGGAAUCCAACUUGGCAUUGCCCUUGCCUUGCCGCCUUUCAUUCGCUCAAGGUGCCAUGAUGCAAGGGGAGCAGCACUUUAGGCCCUGCGAGGGUUCCAAAUUCACACUAAUCGGAUUCAAUUUUUCAAUGUUGGCAACAUUGCACUUACUUGCGAGAUUUUUGUGUCUGCCUUUGAGAGAGAGAAAGAAGGCGCUCCCGAUAUCGCCGGAGAACUACAACUAUUGGAUGGCUUCAAUAAUCCCACGAUCUCAUCCAACCACCACAUACGACCAUACCUAUUGGAAAACUCGGGAUCCCGUCCGCUCUCCCAGAGAUAAGCCAACGAGGGCCGGAUUAGUAGUUGGGUCGGUGACGACCAGCGAAUACCUGAUCUUUUCAUCUCCAGAUCAUUUUGUUGCGGUUUUAAGCCAUAAGCCAAUUGAGAACUUGAUCAUACCUGAGGGCCUUGCGCCCUGCUUGGCCAAGUCUUGGGCGAUAUAUGAGUUCUUGUUCAGUCAAGGCGAUCAGCUUACAAUGAACGGAAUUCUCUCUUCUUCUAAAUAUAUGAAUAAGCUUGAUUCCAGGGAAAUCAAGAAGGCUACCUUUCAUCGACAUCCCAAUGUCAAUCUGAAUCCUCGGACAAAUCAAUGGGGAUGGAACUUCGCGUGGGAAGAUUACAUGGAGCCUCUGUAA